UUUGUCUCCAGAGCUGUCUUCUUCUCGAGAGCUCAAGGGUAGUUUCGUCACUUGAAGAAGUUGCCCUGAAUCAUUUUAAGCUCUCCUGUUAUUGGUAUUUUCUUCUUGAUUUCCCCUGGUCGCCGGCGGUAUUCACGUUUAGGUGUUUCUCUUGCAAGGAUCGCAUUUUCUCUUCCAUGCUCUGUUGUCCAUAAAAAUUUUAUUAUUGAAAUGGAGAUUAAGCCGAAUCUCGGCAGAUUCCCACUGCGGGGGAAGAAUGUGCCGUUUAAAUGUGUAUCCUUUAACUGCAUACUCGUUGUAGUCACUGCUGUUCUUUUGAAGGCUCUUGGAGCUGCCUCAGUGGUGGUACCGAGAACUAAUUGCUAUGCUCUUGAUAAUUCCAGUCGUCUUCUUGACUUUAGUGGCUGGAUUGGAUAUCCAUUUGAGUAUGAAGGGAAGGAAGCUGAUUUGGUGGUUAGAUUUUGCAAAGACGUUGAGACUAGAUCCCAAACGGGAUAUGUAGAUUUUGGCAGAUUUGAUCAAUCCAACUAUUUUAUUGCUGGUUCAGGACAUGUUGACUUUAUUCAAGGGUAUUACUAUGGUGAUCUGAUGAAUUGUGAGCAGAGUUAUGACAAAAUGGGCCGUACAGCUCAGGUAAAUAUGAUAUGCGGAAAUUGUUUAAAUGAAGAAUGUAGAGGUGGGCUUGGCUGCAUCUGCAAUGUUACUUACAAAUCACCUUGCAGUGAAGUCAAUAUUAGCAUACCAAUUAAGGGUUAUGAGCCCAUCCAGUUUGUGCUCACCAAAAUGUGCGAGUCUAAGCAGAAUCAAGGAGGAGACUCUAUGAAAGGAUGGGCUUUAUUUGGAGUUUUCUCUUGCAUAUUAAUUGUCUCAUCUGUAUUGUUCUGUUGUGGAGGCUAUGUUUACAAGGCGAGGGUGGAAGGACUGCGAGGGCUUGAUGCAUUGCCGGGCAUGUCAAUUCUUUCUGCUUGCAUGGAGACAGUAAACGGAACGGGACAAGGCUACUCACGACCAGAAGACCUAAAUAGUGCUGUUGCCAGUGAAGCCUCCUGGGGUCGUCCCCCAGUUUCUCCUCAAGGAACCUGGAGACUGAGGGAAAGAAAAUAUGGUUCAGUUUGAUUUUAUUUCUUUACCGUGCCACACUAGAUAUUUCACCGGACUUUUCACUGGUAUUAAAUCAGAGAUAUAGCAUGUAUGAAGUUAUGUAAUCUGCUAUAUACACACACACACACAGACAUAUUCUCUCAUGUAAAAUAGAAAGUCAUAAACUGUUCUGUUAUUUAUUGGCAAGAAAGAUGAACAAUGAGGUAUGUCAUCUCUUUCAAGUUGGUGUUCA